AUGCCCACGCCUAACGCUGACGCAAUGCGUUCUGUGGCCUCAGACACAUUCUUUAUGAGCCACGAAGGCAAUUUUAACACUGCUGAUGCCACCACAGCCGACUUCAUUUCCGCACUUGAGGUCAUGUUAGUAAGAACUAACGCAACCGAAGAGGCGAAACACACGUUGCGCCGAAAGUUCCCGUCUCUCCUGAUGACGAAUACGCACGCCAGCAAUAUGUCGCCCGCAGAAAUAGAAGCAAUGAAGAGAUUAAAAAUGGACAAAGACAUUAUAGUGCUACUGGCCGGCAAAAGAAGAGCAACCGUUGUGAUUAACAGCGUUGAUUACAACGAGAAGGCACAAGCUCUUCUGGACGACCAACAGUCCUACAUGUCCGCAAGCGCCUCGCAGGCUAAAUCGAUGACUGGCCAACUGACUGGACUAUUAAGUCGACUCCGGCGCAAAAAUGUAAUCUCGCUUGACGAAUGGCGUCAGACAAAACCAACCGACACGGCAUUGGCCAGGUUCUACGGACUACCAAAAAUCCACAAACCCAACGUUCUUCUGCGGCCAAUCGUUGCCCUGAAAGACAGCCCCACAUACAAUUUAGCCAAAUGGAUUUUCCGAAAACUCAAUUUUCUCAAAGAGGGCUCUGUAACGUCACUCAUUCCGGCCGCCCAAUCCCUUGCCGACAUUCGGGGAAAAACUAUUCGACCCCACCAAAUCAUGGUAUCCUUCGACGUUGUCCCAGUUUUCACGUCCAUCACACCAGAGUUGCCACGCGACGUCCUACACAAACGCCUAGAAAAAAAGUACGACGAAACGACAGGGCCUCUAAAGAUCCAGCACCUAAUGCAGCUCUUUGCAUUCUGCCAACGAACCUUCUUUACCUUCGAUGGCAAAACAUACGAACAAAUCAAAGGAACACCCCUGGGUUCCCCAAUAUCCAGCCUAGUUGCGUAA